UCCAGAGAUUUAAUUAACUCUGUCUUUUACUAAUGAUGUUAUUUUACUAAUGUAUUCUAUUACCUUUACAGAUUGUUUAUACUGAUUUUUUUACUGGCUGCACUACGUAAACAUAUAAUAAGUAGUGCAUAAGCAACUGUCGAUCCAAUAAUAUUGGAAUUUCUAAAUUAUUUCCCUCAAGAGAAAACUAUUUAAGAAGAGAACCUGGACCCCGAUCGGGAGGUUAAGUGUAGGAUAGAGAUUGCUCGUGACGUUUUUAAUAAGAUGAGGGCCCUCUUUUGCGAAGACAACCUUAAUCUGAGGUUAAGACGGAGAAUGGUCAAGUGUUAUGUUUGAUCGGUAUUGUUAUACGGUAUGGAGGCGUGGACCCUCAAAACGAGCACGCUGAACCGUCUGGAAGCCUUUGAAAUGUGGGUUAUAAGACUGAUGCUAAGAAUUUCCUGGGUUGAUAGAAUCACAAAUGCUGAUGUUUGGAGGAGAUCAGGUGCGCGACGAGAGUUGCUGGUAACGGUCAAAUGCAAGAAGAUUGAAUAUCUUGGUCACGUCUUGAGAGGGGAGAAAUACCGCCUCCUCCAACUGAUACUAAAGGGAAGGAUUGAGGGCCGACGUGGGAUCGGAAGGGAGAAACUCUCGUGGCUGAGAAAUAUUAGAGCAUGGACUGGGAUGCAAAGCGCGGAGGAACUCUUUCGUAUGGCGGUGGAUAGAAUCACCAUGGCCAGAGUGAUCGCCAACGUCCGGAGGACCAGGCAGGGCACGUGAAAAAGAAGAUCAUUUCUUUUAUUUCUUGUAAAUUUUUUUUUUAUUAAUAUUUUAUCUUUUCCUAUUAAUAUUCCAUUAGUAUUGUUUACUGUUAAGUAGUUUGAAAUUGAUCUUGUUCUUUUAAGAAGUCUGUGAAAUGAGUAUUUCAACGAAAAAGUGCUCUCAAUCCAUACAAUAUCUUUUUAAGUUUAAAUACUUUUCCUCUACAAUUGUAUCCUUUAAGAGGAUGUACAUAGACAUCUUCAACAAUUCCAUUUAUAUUUCUUUAUUGUUUACAACCUC